CCUUAUUCGAUUCGGACAGUUUACACGUCUUGAGCACACAAUGGAACACCCAUUGGUUAUGCGAAUCUUGGCAUCUUCGGUCAACCUGGCCAGUCGGGCCAGUACGAUUGUGAGGAAUAUUCUGGCCUCAAAAGAUUUGGAAAUCGUAGACAAAGGGGUCAAUGAUCUUCAGUCCAAGGCCGAUCGGGACGCGCAGCGAUUUAUUGUCGGUUCGCUGUCACAAACUUUCCCCGGACUGAAGAUUAUCGGCGAGGAAGGCAAACUAGAUGAUUCCGAGUUGGCCAUCUCACCCGAAUUAACCAAGGAAGUUAUCGACCAACAGUGUCCCUCGGCCUACUUGUCGACCAACUUGUCUGAUGUCGUGGUUUGGGUUGAUCCACUGGAUGGAACUAAGGAGUUUACUGAAGGCAUUGUUGAACAUGUUACCAUACUGAUUGGCAUCUCGGUCCAUGGAAAACCCGUUGCAGGUGUUAUUGCACAGCCAUUUUACCAUGACGCUUCAAUUCCACAAUCCAUUACUGCCGAUUCGCCCAGAGUUUCGCCAUCGAAGACGGUCACGCGAACCGUGUGGGCUCUCGAUGGUCUGGGUGUGUUUGGUCUUACCCCACGACUGCCGGCAGGUCAACUUCCAUAUCCACUCGACGCGACCCGCAAACCGGGAGAUUCUCCACACAUCAUAGUGGUCACUCGGUCCCAUCCUACACCGGCAUUGUCCGCUGCAACUGAAGCUUGUCAUCCGACAAAAGUUAUACGUGCCGGUGGUUGUGGAAACAAGAUUCUUAUGCUUCUCGAAGGCCGAGCUCAUGUUUACGUAUUUCCUAGUCCUGGGACCAAACGCUGGGACACUUGUGCUUCAGAGGCCGUUUUAGCGGCAGCUGGUGGCCGUCUGACGGAUAUACGCGGCCAACAGUACAGUUACGCAGCCACACCGGACCCGGUCAAUCAUGGGGGUGUCCUGGCCACACCAGUGGCCGAUUGGCUCUCGAUUUAUGCCGGACUCAUGCCAAAGACUGUGUUAGAUUCUCUGUCUUUCAAGUAAUAAUUCCUUUCAACCCACUUUCAUCCCUAUUGGUGUUGCCAACAGUAACUUGUGGGUGUUUACGCAAAUACUCGUUCGUUUUUUCUCUAUUUUCAUUUACUCAAUCACUAUUAGUCGUACUUGUUGAUUUUGCCUACCCUUACCUCUUGGAUCCAUUGAUUCUCCACUGUUAUGCCGUCGUCCCCAACAAUUUAUGUUGAUUCUCGCCCUGUUAUUAUUUUUGGCGGUUGGAUUCACUGUAUAUCAGAUUUUCAGGCUCGAAUGGGCACGUAAAC